GUGGAACUUGACUGGAGGAGAGGAGAGUUGGUGCGUAAAAGCUGAAGAGAAACCUGGACGAUCAGACAGAUUUCACUUAGUAAAUACACCAAAAUAAACCAAAACAGAAGCGGGGAGAACGGCGACAAAACGGGUUGUAUGGCACCUCAGUCGUGCGUAAUGAAUCCUGCGCAAGGAUCACCGCCCUCGGCUGCUGCUCCGGUGGAAACCUCUACAGAGGACCGGGUCUCUGACGGCAUGGGGACCGAGGAGCUGGAUCUGUCAUCUGUCAGGGGGUUUAAGACCAAGAAUUCAGAUUUACCUUUCAGCGUGGAGUCCCUCAUAUCAGACAGGACGCCGGACCGAUGCCUCCUCAGCCCCGAGCCUCCUGGAUCAGGCUGCGUCCGGACAGAGGAGACCGAGUGUGCGUCACCGAGAGGAUUGUACCGGUCCAAGGCAGACGCGGUGGACCUCAGCGACAGGGAGACGAGUCCCUGGUUUCAUGCUCCGUAUGCAUCCCCUCCCAGUGAGUGAAAGUCACUUUUAGUACUUUAAAAUACUAACGAGCUUGAACUGAAGAAGGAAGAGUUCAGUGAAUGCGCAGAAUAUUUUGAUCUCUAAAAAUGAGACAGUUUGGAUUGGCCUGCUAAUAAUAUUAAUCUGUUAUGAGAAUUUCUAAACUUUAAAACGGGACAGAAACAUUUAUCUGUACUGUUUGACAUUAACUUAGAAAGCUGUUCAUUUAUUAACCAAAUAAAGAUGCCCAUUUGCAUCCAGGUUGACUUUUUAAUCCAAAUAAACCGUAUUAAUAUUAAUAAGAUUUAAAAUAAGAAGUUAUCAUAAAAUACCUGCACUUUUCACGAUCUGGCACGUGAAGUAUGUUGUGUUAUAUCCAUUAUUUACAUGUUAUGCACAGAGCUGGGAUGUAGUUGAUGCUGAGUUUUGAUCAUAAAUUCUGGUAUCGCAGAAGUUUGACUUUCUUCCUUUGCCUCCAGGACUUCCCAGCCCGAGCCCGUGCAAUCUAAGGAAACACAAGAACAACAGGAAACCCAGGACUCCUUUUACCACCUCUCAGCUGCUCUCUCUGGAGAGAAAGUUCCGUCAGAAACAGUACCUCUCCAUCGCGGAGAGAGCAGAGUUCUCCAGCUCACUUGGCCUCACAGAGACUCAGGUCAAGAUCUGGUUUCAGAACCGCAGGGCCAAGGCCAAGAGACUGCAGGAGGCCGAGCUGGAGAAGUUCAAACUCGCCACGAAGCCGCUGCUGCCGGCCUUCGCUUUCCCCUUACCCCUGAACGCACCAAUGGGCGCACCGGGCCUUUAUGGGGCCCUGAACGGACCGCGGCCUGCCUUACACGUCCCCGGACUUUUCAGUGGACCAUAUGGGAUGUACUACUUGUCUUAACCAUGACUGACUUUGGACAGACGAAAAUCUGCCUUAAAAAAACUGCCUUAAAAACAACUUCAUGCAACAAGAAACCAGCACUCCAAAAAAAACACGUCCAGUUAAAUUUUACUUCUGAACUCCUAAAAUCUGCAAAAUUAUCCCAUCCAGCAAAUUCUCGCGUUUUUUACCCAGGGAUCUGGCAUAAUUCAAGAACUUAGAAAAGAAAUGUAUCAUCACUUCUGAAACGGUUCAAGGUUUGUUAAGGAAACAUGUUUAGAAUUAAAUAUGGACCCCCUGUUUGUUUCUGAAGCGUAAGAAAACGGUGAUUUUCUUUCUCUGCCUUAAAACCACCAAACUUUGAGAAUCACAGCUCUCGUCCCCUUUUUUUUUCUUUAAAGCUAAAAAAGACAAUUAUUUUUAUUCUCUUUCAUGGCAUCAAGUGUGUGGGCUUAUCUUCUUUUCAUGCUGUAGUUUAUCUAAGAGCUCCGCAGCAUCGCAGUGUGCGUAAAACCACACCGAGUCCACACUUGUGCGACCAAGAACAUCCAUCAAAUCACCAACUUUCUUUUCGGUUCUUUUAAGGUUUUAUUUUAAGACAUUUAAAAUGCAAAAUGUUUCCACUUCUCAUUCGUUUAUUAUAUGGAGGGGGGGAGGCCCACAGAAAACCCAGAUGAUCUUUGAGAGAAACAGACGCUUAUCUGUUCUCAAAAGUGUUUAAUUGAAUUAUUUUACAUCUGGAAUAAUUAAAUUAUUCCAGAGGUAAAAGUGAUGAAUACAAAAAUAUGAAGAAUAAAAUGAAGGCCACCAAAGCUUUAUGUUUAAAAUGAACAUUUCUGUUGUUGAAAUGAAAAUCAAGUCAAUUUUUUAAUUCUCCCAAAAAAUUUUCAUCUGGUGUUUUGACUUUCCGCUGUAGUUUUACUUCAACAUGAGCCAUGAGAUCUGACCGAAUCCAAACAACUUUACUGAUACACUUCCUCUAUAAUUUCUGUUUUUUUUUUCUGUUUAAAAUAUUUUCUGUCGGUUUUUUUUUUUCCUCAAAGGGGGAUUUUUUUGCACAAAUGUUUAAAGAGCUCUUGAAAAUCAAAGUCCGCUGUCAGUUUUAUCACUUAAUGUAAAUAAAGGUCAUCAGCUAUUUCUGAAAACACUCAUAACAUGACUGAUGGACUCGGAUCAGUCAUUAAUGUACGGAGUAUUUUAUAUUAUCUGAUGUGUGAACGCUGUUUUGUACAUUAUUAAAAUAUCUUAUUUGACUUCU